CUAUCCCGUACAAUGUUUGAUUUCGUCUGACACACAACACCGGAGUACAGUAGUGGCAGGAUGUGGUGGACGAGCCGAGCUUCGAUGGUGGUGUUGAGGGCAGUGAGGCCCGUCACGACCACCUCGCCCUCCAUUCAAGUGCUAUGCCGCCAGGCUUUGCGGGGAUACUCAGCCAUCAAUCUCCCACCAGACAUUUGCUUUGACGAGCUGAAAGACAAGGUGGCCACCAAGGAAGUGACUGUCAUUGAUGUACGGAUGCCCAAGGAGCUAAGAGAAGAUGGCAUGAUCCCUGAGUCCAAGAACCUUGCACUUCCUUGGCUUGGACCAGCAAUAUUGCAGCCAGAAACUGAGUUUGCCUCCCAGCUAGGAUUCAGCAAACCAGGCCUGGACGAACCCAUCGUGGUAACCUGUCUGGCUGGCAUCCGGGCCCGCACUGCACAGCUGGCUUUCAUGGCUGCAGGCUACUCAAAUGUCAGGGUGUAUGUUGGCUCCUUUGAAGACUGGAUACAGCAGGGUGGAAAGGUGGACUUUCUCCCCCCAAAAGAAAAAAAAGAUGAUUAAUUACCUGGCACCUUAUUGAUAAAGUAUUAAAUGGAAGGGCUGUUAUUGUUUUGCAUAUGAUAAACUAUAUUGUUAAUUUAACUAAGAAGUUGCUGUUAACUUAAACAUUAAGAUGCUGUGAAGGUUGUGUAGUAUGGGCAUGGUACUCUCAGGUUAAGCAGGUUAAUGAAAAUCACCACUGCUAAAGCCAACUAUUUUAUGAGAGAGAGAGAGAGAGAGAGAGAGAGAGAGAGAGAGCCUAUUAAAGUGAUAAAACAACAGAAAUAGUAUAGUAGAUACACACUCAGAAAUGUUGAAUAAUCUGUGAAGCACCCAAACCAUGAUCAUUAAGGCCUCUAAGUGAUGCUGAGUUGGUGUUGAGUAUUCUUCCUUAUAAGUAAGGAAUUUCAAUGAAACCCUACCCUAUGUAUUAAGACUAUCUAAGUAUAAUAAAUUUGCAAAGAUAUAUUACAUAGGACCAUAUGCAUUAAAAAAUUCAAUUGCUUUGCUCUCAUAAUAGUUAUCAAAGUAUUUUUCUAUUGUACAGUUAUUUACUUCAAUAAAGAAUUGUGUGAUAUGA